UUUAAACUCAAGUCGAACUUCGACUUUCGGGUUGUUAACGAAGCUUUGUCAUUCAUGUUUUAGUCCUUCUGAGAUAACAUGGACAUCUCACACCUCCUCUUUCCCCUUCUCUUCCUCCUCUUCACCCACAUCUCUGCACUCAAUGAUUGCCCGGCUUCCGAUUGUGGCGGUGACGACAGCUUCCCAAUCCGAUUCCCUUUCCGGUUAGUACCCAAACAACCCAAAAACUGCGGUUUCCCGGGCUUCAACCUGGCCUGCAACAGCCACGGUCAAACAACUCUAAAACUUCCAAACUCCGGCGACUUUUUCGUCAGACGAAUCAGCUAUGCCACACAAGAAAUCCAACUUUUCGACCCCGAAAAAUGCCUCCCUCGAAGGCUUCUAACCCUCAAUCUCUCGGGCUCUCCUUUUGUUACUCCCACGUACCAGAACUACACCUUCCUCAGCUGCCCGGCUUCGUUCACCAAGUCGAGGUUCACUCCCAUUGACUGCCUCAGCAACUCCACCACCUCGGUUCUGGCCACCCCUUCCGCCACCCUGGCGAAUUCGAUGUCCGCCACGUGCCAGAUUGUUGACACAUUGGAGGUUCCGGUUUGCGGGCAGGUUCAGACGGAGGACGGAUUCUCAACCAACCUUGACUGGGAUCUUAGUUUGACUUGGUAUGAGCCUUCUUGCAGUAGUUGUGAGGUGGAAGGUGGCAUUUGUGGAUUUAUCAGCAACACCACCCAAGAACUCGGUUGCACCUUCAAUUCAACAGCAGGAGGAUCAAGCUAUGGUUUAUAUGUUUUCAGGAUCAUUUGCUUGUCCAUCACGGUACCAGCCACCGCAUGCGCAGUUGUGAUUGGCUGCUUUGCUUGUAUCAGUGGCAGGGGUAAUGCUGCACAGCGAAGGUCCACCGCGGUUAAUGCAGAAUCGCCACCACAACCCCCCGCCGUUGUAACAGUUGGUUUGGAUCAGACAACCAUUGAAUCCUACCAGAUGCUAGUUCUUGGGGAGAGUAAGCGCCUUCCGGGACACAACGAUACCACCUGCGCUAUAUGCUUGUCGGAGUAUCUCACCAAAGAGACGGUGAGAUGCAUACCAGAAUGCAAACACUGCUUCCAUGCUGAUUGUAUUGAUGAGUGGCUGAAACUGAACAGUUCAUGCCCAGUUUGCCGGAACAACCCGUCCCCGGCUCAUGUCAACUCAACGUCCCCGGCUCACGUCAACUCAACGUCUCCGGCUCACGUUGACUCAAACAAUGUCUGAAAUUUCUCUCCUUUUUGUG